AUGUUGGAGGGAAAUAACACAACUAUACCACCCUCUGGGGCACUGCUCGCCCCACCUGAGUGGGUUCUGCUCUUUAAAGGCUUGAUGGUCACACGCAUCAUGCCCUCCAUCUCCAUCAUCGUCAUCCUCCUUAGUUUGCCCCUGAAUGGUUUGGCCUUGGUGACAUUCACCUGUCGGAUUCGAGAGAAGAAACCAGCAGUGAUCUACAUGUCUCACCUGGCGUGUGUGGACCUGCUCUUCGCCCUGCUGCUGCCUAUGAAGAUCCACUACCAGCUGAAUGGUACAGAUUGGGUUUUCGGUGAGGCAGCAUGUCGUUUGCUCAGUGCAGCUUACUACUGCAACAUGUACUGCUCCAUACUGCUGAUGAUGUGCAUGAGUGUGGACAGGCUGCUGGGUGUGGCAUUUCCCGUCGCCUCACUGACCUGGAGGAGCGCAAGGAAAGCCACAUUCAUAUGCACAUUAGUCUGGCUGCUGGCGCUCGCUGGUACAGUGCCGCUUCUCACACUGACACAAACGUUCCAUUUCCAGAAUCUGGGAGUCACCUGCUUUGACUUGUUUGAGGUAGACUCGUCAAUAAUGUUAUACUUAUACGUGUUCACAAUCCUCCCCUGCAUCUACUUCUUCCUGCCGCUGGUUGUCAUCUUAGUGAGCUACUCUACUAUCAUUUAUGUGCUCUGUGCUAAACUUGAUCCUUCAGUAACUUUAUCUUGCUCAGAUAACCGAAGGACGGCUGCGAUUAUGGCCACUGCUGUGCUGAUUGAGUUUGUGGUGUGCUUUGCACCAUCCAAUGGCUUUCUGUUGUACCACUGUGUUUGUAUAGCCAUGGGACGCAAUAAGUUGCAUACUUAUUCGGCUUACCUGAUGACUAUGUGUUUGGGGAACUCAAGUGUUUUUCUGGACCCUCUGCUGUACUAUUACGGAUCAUCUCCAUACAGAAACCAGAUCCGCUCUUUGUUUUGGGGCAUGAAACACAAUCGCACAUACACGAAAUCCUCUCAUCCAAGCUGCGCGGUACAACAAAUAAGUAGUCUAAAUGAACAGCAUGUCUCACUUUAA